AUGAGACAAACAAAGGACGGUAAUCUUAUAUUAAGAACAGAUGGACGACAUAUGGCAGCAAACAUGCUAAAAGAGACACUAGCAAAAGGACUUCACGAGAAUGAAAUUGUGGUCAAGAAAGAUACUACCACGAGAAUCAUACAUAUUAUGGGAAUGUAUGGUAUAACAACGAAAGAAGAAGUCAUCGAAGCACUUAAAACAGUACUAAAUGGCAAGGACAAUUUUAUCGUCAGAUCACUAAGAUCGGCAUAUGCCAAAACACAAAACACUACUCUAGAAGUAGGACAGGAGGAGGCAGCUGAUGAACAAAUGAACCAAUUAAAAUCCUUAAUCACUGAAGAUAAUUUACUUACGGAAAACGCGUUAGAUCAAGGCUUUGUAACUGAAUCAGAAGUUGACUUAGUCGUGAAAAGUUCAGGACUUGUGCCUCCGACAGAACACAUAUUAGCCGAUUCCGAUAUAGAAAAUUCUGAACCUAAUAAAGAACGCGAUGACGAUUACAAACCAGGCGCAAGUGAGGAUCACACGAAUCACAACUUAGUAAGUAAUGCCGAAGGUACCCUUGAAGAAAUUUCAGUAAGAAAACGCAAAAAAAGACAGCAUGUAAACCCAGAUGGUUGGAAGAAAAUAAAAAACAAAUUAAAUAAACAAUGUGGAAAAACUUACUUUGAAUGGCAACCACUACCGUUCAUAAGAGUACCUAGAGAUAUGCCGAUAUGGAAGUAUAAUGAGCUUCCAAUGAUGUAUUUAGCUCCGAUACCAAUAAAAGCUGAAAAAUAUCAACAUCUUAUGGCUCUCAAGACUUCUAUUGGAAAAGAUUACCACCCAUUUUAUGACGCUUUAAAGCAUUUAUAG